AUGGAUGUAAAGAACCCCAACAAGGAGUACAGAACUACUCCCGAGUACGCAGAGUACCAGAGAGACAACUUCUGGGCAGACAAUGAGGGAAAGGUGCCUCCUUUUAACACUCACCCCGACAAGCUCGAGCAAAGAGCAAAGGAGAAGCUGUCCGAGGGUGGCUGGUACUACGCCUCCUCCAAUGCUGGCUACUCGACAACACAUCUCGCCAACCGUCAAGCCUUCUAUCGCCACCGCAUUAUCCCUCGCAUGCUAGUCGACACCAACAAGCGCGACACUUCUUGGGAGAUCUGGGGCCACAAGACUAGCGCACCUAUUGGCUUCUCACCCAUCGGUAUCAACAAGAUCUACAACCCUCUUGGAGAGCUCCCUGUAGCAAAGGUUGCCAAAGAACUUAACCUGCCGUAUUGUUUGAGUACUGCUGGCUCGCAGCCCAUCGAGGAUGUUGGUGCUGCCAACGGAGAGGGUCCUCGCUUUUUCCAGCUGUACAUGCCGCAUGAUGAUGAGUUGACGGUUUCGCUGUUGCGCAGAGCCAUUGACUCUGGUUUCACAGCCUGUAUCCUGACUGUUGACACAUGGCAACUGGGAUGGAGACACGAUGAUGUAGCACACAGCAACUACGCUUUCUACCACGGUAUUGGUGCUGAUCUGGGUCUGUCUGAUCCAGUCUUCCAGAAGAGGCUCGCCGAAGACGGCAUUGACCCCCAGAAGGAACCUAAUAAAGCAGGUGCCAAGUGGAUUGACAAUGUCUGGCAUGGUAGAGCUCACAGCUGGGAGAAGAUGCCCUGGCUUAUCAAGACCUGGAAGGAGAUGAGCGGCGGCAAGCCAUUCGCCAUCAAGGGCAUUCAGAGUGUAGCCGAUGCCAAGAAGUGCGUUGAGAUUGGCUGUGAUGGCAUUGUCGUCAGUAACCAUGCUGGAAGACAAGUCGACGGAGCCACUGCAAGUCUUGAUGCUCUGGAGCAGAUUGUCGAUGCUGUUGGUGACAAGAUCUACAUCAUGUUCGACUCUGGAGUACGUGGUGCCUCGGACGUCUUCAAGGCUCUUGCACUGGGAGCCAAGUUUGUCUUCGUCGGCAGACUGUGGGUCUGGGGCCUGAGCAUCAUGGGCGAACACGGUGUGAGACACGUCAUGAAGUCUCUUCUGGCGGACUUUGAUAUUCUCCUGAAUGUUGCUGGCUUCCAGAAUGUCGAGCAGAUUGUGGGCAAUCGCGACGCACUGGAGUCUCUGCCCAAAGCAUACACGCUUAUUCAGGAGAGAGCAAAGCUUUGA